GGCCGACAAAUUCCUCGUGAUCCAAUGUUGUCUGUGCAAGAUGGGCUGUGUGUGUUGUUCUCUAAGUUCAUUCAUCUCAGUUGUCUUAGAUGCUCUCGAAAGAAUAUCACUAUGCACUGUAUGUGCUAUGUUGACAUGUUGUCUCUUGUUCACUAUACUAACCGUAUUGGUAUUGGGGAUCGGUAUCGGCUACCAUUACUGUUUUGUACAAACCUCAGUCCAAACUAUGUCGAAGGCUAGCAAGGGGACAGCAGAUUCAGGGAUCACUGACCCAAUACGUCGUCGGCAGGGCAACUUGUUGCGCUCUGUAAACAAAGCAGUGCAGCGAGGGUUCGCGCACCGCCACUCGCGGCGCGACGCUGAUGCUCCUCUAGCGAGCAAUAACCUGACAGUCAGCGACAACUACACACAACCCGAGACCCUCACAGUCUUCAACAAUCCACCUCCACUCCAGCUCUCAUCAAACAAUACAACUAAUUCCACUGUCUCCAGUUAACUUUGUC